CGUGUGGGAGCGGAUGAUGGGCGGCUUCAAACACAAGAACAACAGGACCAGAGAGGGACUCUGUCUGUGUCUCAUCUCAACUUUAAACGUGUUUGGAUCUCAGAGUCUGACGCUGAGUAAAAUAGUUCCUCACAUCUGUAACCUCCUCGGAGAUCCGACGAGUCAGGUGCGUGACGGCGCCAUGAGCUGCCUCGUGGAGAUCUACCGCCACGUUGGAGAGCGAGUGCGAAUGGACCUGGGAAAGAAAGGCCUGCCUCAGUCAAGGCUCAACGUCAUCUUCAGUAAGUUUGACGAAGUUCAGAGGUCGGGGAACAUGGUCCUGUCGCCUGUGUCAG